GUUUAUCGUUGUACGUGGGCAGCAAACACUCUUUCAAUCACUCUCCCUCAUUGGUCUUUUUGUAGUAAAAUUCUUGUUCAGCUCAAAAUGGAACGUUCGUUUGAAACUACUUACAGUCAGGAUUAUACGCAUCGCUUGGAAAACCGAGCCCUUGCCUUGCAACACAAAAUAGAUGCGAAUCUUCCGGGAAGCUGUUUUUCGCCACCGUUUGAAUGUACGGUACCGGUUGUUGUGGUAGAAAAUAACUCCAAGCACAUUGACUUUGAAUCAGAGGUCAAGCGGAACGACUAUAGCAAGUGUGGGGCGAAUCGGUUCGUUAAAAAUCUUGCCAGAACGCAUCCCGAGCUGUAUGCCGAUAUUGCAGCGCAGCAACCAUGGAAGGAGCGUGCGGGUAAUUCAUCGUUUAAAUCAAGCUAUCAGCUGGACUAUGAUCACGUACCGGAGAAUGUACCGUGCCGUCUAAACAGUUCGUCCGAAUUGGAUCGAUGGCCGGAUUGGAAAUAUUUUCAACGCGAUUGCAACAGCAACCCUUUGUGUGACAGUGUAUCGGGAGCGGACAGUAUGCCAUGCUCUUGUCAACUUUGCCCUAAGGAAUCGGAAGAAGACUCCAAGAGGCCAACUAGGCAUGGGUGCGUCUAUGCUAUAUCGAGCAUUCCGAAAAGUUACAUAAUUUCUAGCCAUUGGCCAGAUCGGGACUGGCAACGGAGUGCAUCAAACAGAACGGAGUAUCGUGAUAAUGUUGGACGGCUUGGUGGUGUGUUGCAACGUGAAAAUGUUCACGCUCACAGUCGCUGCACUCCGCAGAGAAAUUGCAGACACAAGUUCUUCUUGUGAAGGAGUUGUAGAGGAUUUAUUUAAAAUAUCAGGACAAUGAAUGAAUGUUUCCGUGAAUCAAAUAAAUAAAUAAUGAAAUUGAAACUGUGAUCCGGUUAUUAUCUUACUAACGGAGCUUGCCUCAACAAGUGAGAGUUGGGCUAUCACGUACCUAAGCAAUGUCGACAAGAAUCUCGAAAAAUCAGUUUAUGGAUUUGAAAUCGUGUACGGAUAUAUCCGAUCUGAAAUCGAAUCCCAGAAUUCUACCCGGAGCUACCGAUCACUAUGUUACAGG